AUGUCUGUUUCAACGCAAGCGACCAUUGCUUCAUUCGGGGGCAAGCUCCUCAAACUCGCUCACGAUUCCUCCACCACCGGUUGUGAAAUGAAAUUCAAUCUCUAUCUCCCUCCCCAGGCUACGACUAAUGCACUUCACAAAGUUCCCUUAUUGAUAUGGCUAUCCGGCUUGACCUGCACGGGUGACAACUGCUCCGAAAAAGGCUUCUUCCAACACGGUGCAAGCAAGAGAGGAAUCGCAGUCUUGUAUCCGGACACUAGCCCGCGGGGGAUUGGCAUCCAAGGUGAAGAUGAUGCCUAUGACUUCGGUACCGGAGCAGGUUUCUACGUCGACGCCACUGCCUCUCCUUGGUCCGACAACUACAAAAUGUAUUCCUACAUCACCGAAGAACUCCCCAAGACCGUCUUUGCUGCUUUUGACCAGAUUGAUGCCAGCCGAGUAAGCAUCAGUGGUCAUAGUAUGGGUGGCCAUGGCGCUCUGUCAUUAUAUCUAAAGAAUCCUGGGAAAUACAAGAGUGUUAGCGCAUUUGCUCCAAUUGCCAAUCCCCUCAAAUGUCCUUGGGGAGAAAAGGCGUUCAAGGGCUAUUUUGGUGAUGAUUGGCAAACCCAUGGUGCCAAGCACGAUUCAACAGAGCUGCUCAAGCAGUGGAAAGGCGGAGAUUUGGACAUUUUGAUCGAUGUGGGUACCGGCGACAACUUCUACAAACAAGGACAGCUUCUACCAGAGAACUUCAUUGCAGCUGCAAAGGAGAUUGGACAAGAGAAAGGAGUGAAUGUCAGAUUCCAACCAGACUACGACCACAGCUACUACACAAUGGCAAGCUUUUCCGAUGAUCACAUUGAUCACGCAGCAAAGUAUCUGUUUGCAUAG